GACGGCCAUAUGGCAUUGGAAUUGUCGAUGGUCGAGGUAUAAAUACACCGGUCACGCCCAUGUCGAGGAACUCAUCUCCAUCAUCCAAAAGCCUCUGAAACGCAUACAACACUACAAAGCAAGCCCUCUCAGCCAUAUUGUCGCUACCUCUCAUUGCUUCGUCGAACCACUUCAUUCAAACACCUCACUACUCGUUUCCCAUUACAUUCAAUCUUAACACCAAUCAAAAUGGUCCAAACCAUCAGCCUCGGACUCCUUGCGUUCUGCGCCUUGAGCCAGAUUGCCUCUGCGGCACCCGCUCCAGUCCCAAAUUAUACAACUGUAAUCACCAAGACAGUCACCUUCCUGGGCACACACCAUCAGAAACCCCACACCAAGACUGAAACCGUCAAUUCUGUCGUCAAGACGACUUCCAAGACUAGCCCGACCGAGUCCGCCAAGACCAAGUCCACCAAGACGAAGACGUCGAGCACUACGACCGCUUCGCCAUCGCCUACUACCGGCACCUGCGCCUCGAUCGGCAGUGGCUCAUACACCGACAGCGACGGCGUUUCGUACACGGUCGCUUGCGGCACCGACUUCUAUGGCGGUGAUUUGACGCAUGUCGAAGGCGCCUCCUUCGAAAGCUGCUUCGCCGCCUGCGAUAAUACUUCAGGCUGUGUGGCCUUCUCUUGGGUGGGCCAGAAUGGCACCCAUGUCGGCCCAGGCGACUGCUACUUGAAGUCGACCCUUGAGCAAGGAGACUCGAACUCCGCCGUUGAUGGUGCCUACAAGAACCAAUAAACGUGGUGCACUCUCCUAUCUUUAUAGUUUUGU